AUAUAUAUAUCUUUUUCUGGGGAAGUUCACAUCUUCAUCUCACAACGGAUUCUUAACGGUCUCUACGUGAGAGUUGCAGCGAAGCUUCAUCCCGCUUUUUGUACUUAAUUCCUUCGACGUAAUCAUGCGUGAGUGUAUCUCCAUCCACGUCGGUCAAGCUGGUGUUCAGAUUGGCAAUGCCUGCUGGGAGCUCUACUGCCUUGAGCACGGCAUUCAGCCGGACGGACAGAUGCCUAGCGACAAAACCAUUGGUGGAGGUGACGACUCCUUCAACACCUUCUUCAGUGAGACAGGAGCUGGCAAGCAUGUCCCCAGGGCGGUGUUUGUGGAUCUGGAGCCCACUGUGAUUGACGAGGUCCGCACUGGCACUUACCGUCAGCUGUUCCACCCUGAGCAGCUCAUCACUGGAAAGGAAGAUGCUGCCAACAACUACGCUCGUGGGCAUUACACCAUCGGCAAGGAGAUCAUCGACCUGGUUCUUGACAGGAUCCGCAAACUGACUGACCAGUGCACCGGUCUCCAGGGUUUCCUGGUCUUCCACAGCUUUGGAGGUGGAACUGGUUCUGGUUUCACCUCCUUGUUGAUGGAGCGUCUCUCUGUUGACUACGGCAAGAAGUCUAAACUUGAGUUCUCCAUCUACCCUGCUCCACAGGUGUCCACUGCUGUGGUGGAGCCCUACAACUCCAUCCUGACCACCCACACCACUCUGGAGCACUCAGAUUGUGCUUUCAUGGUCGAUAACGAGGCCAUUUAUGACAUCUGCCGUAGGAACCUCGAUAUUGAGCGCCCUACCUACACCAACCUUAACAGGUUGAUCAGCCAGAUUGUGUCCUCCAUCACAGCCUCCCUCCGAUUCGAUGGUGCCCUGAAUGUUGAUCUGACUGAGUUCCAGACCAACUUGGUGCCCUACCCUCGUAUCCACUUCCCUCUGGCCACAUACGCCCCAGUGAUUUCGGCUGAGAAAGCUUACCAUGAGCAGCUUACAGUUGCUGAGAUCACCAACGCUUGCUUUGAGCCAGCAAAUCAGAUGGUCAAAUGUGACCCACGUCAUGGCAAGUACAUGGCUUGCUGCUUGCUGUAUCGUGGUGACGUCGUUCCUAAAGACGUCAACGCUGCCAUCGCCACCAUUAAGACCAAGCGCACCAUCCAGUUUGUGGACUGGUGCCCAACUGGUUUCAAGGUCGGUAUCAACUACCAGCCGCCCACUGUGGUGCCUGGUGGUGACCUUGCCAAGGUCCAGAGAGCUGUGUGCAUGCUUAGCAACACCACAGCCAUUGCAGAGGCUUGGGCCAGACUUGACCACAAGUUUGACCUGAUGUAUGCCAAGCGUGCCUUUGUGCACUGGUAUGUAGGAGAGGGUAUGGAGGAGGGAGAGUUCUCCGAGGCCAGAGAGGACAUGGCUGCUCUGGAGAAGGAUUACGAGGAGGUUGGUGCAGAUAGCUUGGAGGGAGAGGAUGAAGGAGAAGAAUACUAAGUGUACACCUGAUUGUUGAGUGAGGUUUUGAGUUCAUUCAUCUUUUACAUGUUUCUUUCUAGAUAUAUGUGUUUGAUGAAAUUAAAUCACAUUUAACUAAUUCACACUUUUUUGUUUGUGAUCACUUUUGGAGCAUGAAUUGAAUAAAUUUGGGAUAAACAAA